UGUCGUGUCCCAGACUGUACUACAAACAUGCAGUGCGCACAUGGAGCUGCAUGAGGGCGGAGCGCCGCAUAGUUUCCAGGCUAUAAAAGUGUGCGGGAAUGAGCGAGAAGUUUGGACUCUAGAAACACACCAGCUGUUCCUCCAGUCUUCUCAGGGAGACGCGACCCGUUUUCUUCCGCCGGAAGCAGAUCUGCUGUGCGCGGUGAUGCCGUGGCUGCGGUCCUCUUCCUCCCCUUCCUCCUCCUCCUCCUCCUCCUCCGAGCAGUGCCUCUCCUGCUCGCCGUGUCAGCGGGAGUGUGAGCGGACGGCGUUCUCCUUCUACUGCGCGGUGCGGGAGCAGCUCCCGGUCUGGCUGCUGGAGGAGAUGCGCAGCAUGGAGGUGUUCUGCUGGGACAACGGAAGCCCGAGAGCCUUCCUGCCGUCUGAAGCCCUGCUGUACGCUACAGUGCACGACCACCAGGACUAUGCGCGCUACCUCCUCAACAGGUACUCGGUGGGCGCGCUCCGAGCCCCGGCCUGCAGCUUCUGCUGCUGCCCCGGCAGCGGCGCGCCGCACCUGAGCGUGGCGGUGCGCUACAACCGCGUGGCCGUCCUCGGCAUGGUAAUGGAGGCGCUGAAGGACUGCGGCGGCCCGGCCCAGCGUAGGGAGUACCUGGACGGCCGCGGCGGCUGCCUUCACGCCGCGGACGCGGGGAAGACCGCGGUGCAGCUGGCGGUGGAGCUGUCGCAUCCCGAGUGCCUGCUGCAGCUGCUGGUCCACGGCGCUCGGCCCGACGGCCUCGAGGUGGCGCUGCAGAGGUUGGUGUCGUGCGUUGUCCCGGAGCGGCAGCAGGCGCAGCGGUGCCUCGACUUCCUGCUGCUGUUUCUGGCCAAGCCGCCGCCGCUGCCGUGCCUGCGGGACGAGCCGCAGCGCUGGCAGGGGCUGCUGGGGAACAGGGUGUUCAGCUGGCUCUGCGGCCUGGCCCCCUCCCCCCUGCUGCUGCAGGCGCUCCGGUGUCUGGCCCAGUCCGGAUCAGACCGCAUCACUUCGCUGCCGGACUUCCUGCAGCCGCACAGCUGACAGUGACGACAUCUGUUGUGGAAGACAACCCCGAAGGACUGCUGCGACUGGACAGUUUGAAUAUACUGUAAAUAACAUGUAAAUAUUCCCUAAAUAGACAUAUUAUAGUGAAAAUAAGCGGGCUCGUGGAAUCUAUACUGGAUUAAUGGAUCAUAAGCUUUAUUUAUGUGCUGGUUUAGUUGUAAUCUGGCAGUUGAAUGGUGCUGAAUAAAUGCCUGAUUUUUUUUUCUU